AUGGCCCACGAGUCGAAAGAGGUUGCAGCCUCUACCAAUUCCCUUGUUUCACCUAUCAGCGAUGAUGACAGGAUUCAGCUGGAGCGUCUGGGGAAGAAACCAGUAUUAAAGCGAAGGUUCGGUAUAUUCGCAACCCUCGGAUUGAGCUGUACUGUUCUUGGAACGUGGGAAGGACUACUUGGAACAUUUAUAACCCCUCUGAAUAAUGGUGGCUCGGCGGGCGCAGUCUAUGCCUAUAUAUUCGCUUGGACAGGCACUGCGUGCUGCUUUGUCGCUCUUUCAGAGUUAGCCUCAAUGGCACCGACAUCUGGAGGUCAAUAUCACUGGUGUGCAAUGCUUGCUCCAAUACGCUGCAUGAAGUUCCUGAGCUAUAUUACUGGCUGGGUCGCCGUAGUUGGAUGGCAGGCCGCAUUUGCUUCAGCUGCGUAUCUGUCCGGUACAAUGAUCCAAGGCGUCGCCGUUCUCGCUCACAAACACUACAAUGCCGCAGCUUGGCAGGGUACGCUGAUCAUGUGGGCAUGUCUCCUCGUUGCACUUGCUGUGAACUUGUCAGGUGGAAAGAUUUUUCCUCGAUUGGAAAAAGGCAUUCUUGUUCUACAUGUCCUAGGCUGCGUGUCAAUCAUCUUGCCGCUGGUAUGUUUGGCCGAUCACAAAACUAAUCAACAAGUCUUCACGGAGUUUCUGAAUGGGGGUGAGUUCCCCACUCAGGGUCUAUCCUGGUUUGUGGGUAUCUCGGGCUGUGUGUUUUCUUUUGCGGGAGGUGAUGCUGUGGUCCAUGUGAGACACACUCUUUAUGAUGCAUGUGACGAUUGA